UUCGCGCAAUAAUAGUGUUCCUCUUGAGAAAUUAAAAGUACUUGGCAAUAAUAAAGAUGUGCGGGCCGAGAGUCACUCAAAACCAUUACUUCAUGCCAGAUCUUGAAGUGCAGUGUGGUUUGGUCUUCCUCAGGUGCUCGUAAUCUGUCUAGGUGAUUUCGGCUAAGUUACCCGAUGCAUCCAAGUAACACCGUAUUCGUCGACCAUCAAUGACGGCGUAGUUAUAUCUAAGUCCACGUACGCCUUUUCAAUAUGGGAGACCAAAAGUUGCCAUUUAUAGCGGAGUACUCUAAAAGUAAUCGCUCACGGUGCAGAACUUGUAAUAACACAAUAGACAAGGACGUGCUACGGCUGGGUGUCAUUGUACAGGCAACGGGUUUCGAUGGUAAAAUACCGGCAUGGCACCACGAGGGUUGUUUCUUCAAUCGAGCACAGUCGACCAAUGAAGAAAAUGAUUCGCUACCCGUAUCCGAAUGGGAAAUAGCGCGCUUCCAACAGCUACGAUAUGAGGAUCAGAUAAGGCUGCGCGAUAAGAUUGCUUCUACCGUUACCAUCGCUGCCUUUGAAGUAUCAUCAUCCGAAGAUGAAGCAGAUAAAGAAAUCAAACCCGAUAAAACAAAAAAGGAUAUCAAUGAGGGUGAAUGUUCUACAGCGAUGUCAAUUUCUUGCUCAAAAUGUAACAGAAUAAUUGAAAAGGAUGAGUUCGUUAAGGAAACUAUAGAUGGCAAGGACGCAUGUUUUCACUUUGUAUGCUUCCGUGAGGAGUCUACGGUAGGACAGCAAACCAAGCACAAGGACCUCGAAACAAUCGAUUUGGUUUCUGGGUGUAGUUCCCACGAAGUUGUUCAUGUCUUAGACGAUGAUUAUGCAUCUAAAAAGAAUAAUCAAUUGGAAUUAAAAAGUACGGUAAACAGUGGAGUUGUAACUACGGGAUCCUUGACAAAAAAGAUAACCGAUCAUCAGGCCAUUGAAACCAUCGACUUGGUUUCGGCGUGUAGUUCGAUGGAAAAGCCCAGACUGGCUCAAUCCCACGAAGUUGUUUAUGUUUUAGAUGACGAUGACGUACCUGCAAAGAAGACCAAAUUGGGAUUAAAAAGCAUGGUAGAUGGAAGUGUUGCAACAACACAAGAACAACAAAUUGCCGAGCAGCAGAAAGCCUUCUACGCACUUCGUGAUCGGUUGAAGGCAUUCAAUAUCGACAAGUUAGAUCUCGUGAGGGCACUGCGAUAUAACGAUCAAAACGUUCCGUCCGGGCUGGAUGCGAUAUUGGAUCAACUCUGCGACGUUAUGAUGUUUGGGGCGCUAGAAUGUUGCCCAAACUGUGGUGGACAGUUUGAAUUUCAAGAGACGGCCUACGUCUGCAGGGGGAGCCUUACAAAGUGGACGAAAUGCCUCAACAAAGUAACGGUUCCACUGCGUAGAAAAACGGAGAUUAGUGCCGAUCUGAAGAAAAAGUAUAUAAUUUUCCGAGAGUACGAGUGCGUCUUGGGCAAUCGUAUCAUUCGCCAAAUGACGCAAGUACCGUUUAAUGGAGAAAGAAGUAUCAAGGAACGAAAUAAAACUAAGCAACAACCGCUGGCUAAUAUGCAGUUUGUCAUAAUAGGCAAACCGGCAAAAACGGAGAAGCAACUGACUGCAAAAAUCUUACAAAUGGGAGGCAAAGUGGUGCAAGAAAUCACUAAACAUACUGCCGCCAUCAUUUCCACCAAAGAAGAAGUACAACUUAUGAGCAGCCGAAUACAGGAGGCAAAAGACCUGCAGAUUCAGGUAGUACUGGAAACAUUCAUCGAAAGUGUCACUGGCGGGGAUGUGCUGUCCCUUAUCGCUAGCCAGGCGAUUUGCGACUGGGGUUCGGAUCCACAUACACGCUCCCCGACUAAGUCGGAGGCAGUCAAAUCGCUUCCUUCAAAGAUGAAAUUUCAAAUGAAAAGUGGCCUUAUCGUCGAUCCAGACUCAGGACUUACAGAACAAGCGCACGUGUACAAAAAAGGGGAUGUAAUUUACAACUGCGUUUUGAAUUUGGUGGACAUACAGCGGGAUUUAAAUUCUUACUACAAGAUGCAGGUUUUAGAAGAGGACAACAAAGAGAUGUACUGGUUAUUCCGAGCAUGGGGCCGCAUCGGGACAACCAUCGGUAGUCAUAAGUUGCAGGAAUUUAAGAAUGCCAAUGGAGCCGUGGAAGAAUUUCACGAAUUAUUUUUUCAAAAAACACGCAACAAUUGGAUUCGGCAUGAUUCACCAUAUAAAAAACAAGCGGGCCUUUUUUUCCCGAUCGAAAUUGACUACAGUGAAAAAAAUAUGAAAUCAUUGACGGAAGAUAGUGCGGUCAAAUCAAAUCUGAAACCCGCGGUUCAGGAUCUGAUGCGUAUGAUUUUCAACGUGGAGGAAAUGAAUCGUGUAAUGCUCGAGUUCGAACUGGACAUGGAGAAGAUGCCACUCGGCAAGCUGUCGCAGCGUCAGUUACAGUCUGCUAUGACUGUGCUGUCCGAGAUUGCACUGUUGAUUGCUGGCAGAGGAUCACCGACGCAAUUUAUAGAUGCUUCAAACCGGUUCUACUCUUUUGUUCCUCACAAUUUCGGCCUUAACUCCGUUAAUGUGAUCGAUACGGUGGCCCAGAUAAAGGAAAAGCUAGCGAUGCUUGAAAAUUUAAUGCAAAUAGAGUUCGCAUAUUCGUUGCUAAAUGUUGACAAAUCGAAUGAUGGCAAAAGCGUGCUGGACGUACACUACGAACGGUUGAAAACGAACAUCGAACCGAUGGACCGGAGCACGGAAGACUUUGCUUUGCUUCAGCAGUACGUUCGAAACACGCACGCCGCAACGCACAAGGAUUAUGAACUGGAAAUUGAGGAAGUUUUCUGCGUGAAAAGACAAGACGAAGAUAAACGCUAUGAGCCUUUCCGGGGACUACAUAACCGUAAGCUACUUUGGCAUGGUUCGCGCCUCACCAACUUCGUCGGGAUUUUGUCCAAUGGUCUCAAAAUAGCUCCUCCAGAGGCACCUGCAACGGGGUAUAUGUUCGGCAAGGGUAUCUACUUUGCCGACAUGGUAUCGAAGUCGGCGAACUACUGCUUCACCAAUCCGGCCGAUUCGAAGGGAUUGAUGCUGUUGUGCGAAGUGGCACUCGGGGAUAUGCAAGAGUAUACGCGAGCCAGUUACGUGGAAAAGUUACCAUCCGGCAGGCACAGCGUCAAAGGUAUUGGUCGUACACAACCGGACCCGACCGCAUCACACAUCCGGCCAGAUGGAGUGGAAAUUCCGCUCGGCAAAGGUGUUACCAAUGAGAGCAUGGACAGCUCGUUACUGUAUAACGAAUUUAUCGUUUACGACGUGGCCCAAGUGAACAGCCAGUAUCUUUUAAAAAUGAAAUUUUUGUACAAAGUAUAAUUUGAAAAAGCGAAA